AGCUUUGGCAUAUAGAAGGGAGAAGGAACAACAUGCGUCGUUUUAACACAUUGUUCUUGUGUCUACUACCUGCACUCUCCGCCAAUCUCUUACGAGAUAUGCACACUUUAGUCCAAGUCCAAGUAGUCGAAUCUUGAAGCUCAAGUCGGGACGUCGGGUUAACUCACGCUGUUCCGUGCUCCUCAAUUGUUUCAGUAUUAAAUAAUCAGUAUUAAUGACAAUAAUAUAAUAUAGACGUGCAAAUACCUUUAUUUAAACACGAAUCACUCCGAAUAUCGUGACGAUAUAACGUAAAAAUCGCGGAAUAUACAUUCGUAAUAUACGUUCGGAAUUGCAUACAUACUUUCUUCCGCGGCAUAAACGUCAUUUAUAUAUAUAUAUGUAUAUAUAUAUAUAUAUAGUUCAUAGUGUUAAUUACAUAAAUAAUAUCUCUCAAUCUUCUGACGGAAUAAGUGUGUUCGCCGUUUUUCGUAUUAAUAAUAUCGGUCUGUCAUAAUGGUAUAUUGGUUACCGAAGAAACGUUUUGUGAUAAGUUUGUGGAAUUAAAUUUGAUCCAAGAAAGGACUUGCGACGAGAAAAUACUGUAAACGAAUAGCUACUAACAAUCAUGAAGUUGAAUGAUCCACUAGUAAUAGCAGCAGCAUUAGUACCAUUCGUCAUCCUUGAGAUUUGGUACAUUGGAAUAAAUUUAGUUUGGAGUAUGAAGGCAUCUGCAUUGUUAUAUCUCGUUUUAUUUGGGCUUUUGCCUGUAAUUUUUCAUUAUUCCUACACCAUUCAGAGAAAAAUACUAUUUUUAAAUUUUGUGCAAUGGCCAAUCAAAAUAGAAUUUUCCAAUCCAAAAUUAAUGGGAUUGGAAGGUGCUAGAAAUUUUUAUUUACACACUGAUCAACAAGUGAAAAUAGGUGUAUGGCAAAUAUUACCACGGUCUUUAUUAAAUAAUUCCAUUCCUGCAACAGAUGAAGCUUAUGAAGCAGUGUUAAAUAAUGCCAAACGGCCUGUGUUUCUAUAUAUGCAUGGAAACAGUGGUAAUAGAGCAAGUUCCCAUAGAGUUGAACUUUAUAAGCUUUUCCAAGACUUAGAUUAUCAUGUCAUAUGUUUUGAUUAUAGAAGUUAUGGAGAUAGUGAUGUGGUUGAGCUCUCGGAAGCAGGUGUAGUUAUGGAUAGUAAAUAUAUUUUUGAAUGGGUAAUGAAAAAAGUUAACGGUUCAGCUCCAGUUUUUGUCUGGGGUCACUCAUUAGGAACUGGAGUCUCUACACAUGUAUUAGCUCUGUUAGCAACUGAAAAUAUACAACCAACAGGAUUGUUUUUAGAAGCACCGUUUAACAACAUAGCGGAUGAAUUAACAGAACAUCCAUUCGCACAGAUAUUUAAACAUUUACCAUGGUUUCAUUGGAUGAUUGUUGAACCUUUUUAUAAAAAUAACUUACGAUUUGAGUCUGAUAAACAUAUUGCCAAAAUUAAUUGUCCUGUCAUAAUAUUACAUGCUGAAGAUGAUGGUGUAAUUCCAAUUCAUUUGGCAGAUAAGCUUUAUCAGGCAGCAAUGAAUAGUCAUGGAAAUGAUACAAAUCGUAUCCAAAUGAUAGUAAUAGACUCAUCCUAUGGAUUUGGACACAAGUAUAUCUGUAGAUACAAGGAAUUGCCCAGUAUAAUUGAGAAAUUUACUGCUAAAGCAUAUGGAAAUCAGACUGACUUAUCUGAAUAACCAAUUUAUAAUAGAAAACUGAAAUUAAAAUUUUUUUCUGUGUAAUGAUUCUUAGUAAGAAUUAUUUGAUUUUUAUGUGAGAAGCAAUGUGUUUUUAGAAUUAAGGUUUUUUUUUUUAGAAAUUGAAAAAUGAUAUACCUUGAAGUAUUAUCUUGAAGGAGGUAAAGUUUAGUUUUUAUGAAUAUUUUUCAUUUUUCUUAGGACACUUUCUCGUUAAAUUCUGAGUAUCUAUGUUGGUAUAUAUAAAUAAUAAUUGUGAUAAAUGUAAAUUGUACAUGUGUUAACACAUGUAAGUUUAAUCGAUGAGGCUGAAUCGGGAUCUAUCUGCAAUUUAAAUGCUACACGUAUCAAAAAUUUGAUGUUCGAUGUUCUUACUAUAAUUAUUACAUGUAUUAUGAUUAUUCCAAUGAAACUUUGAUCUGUGA